AUGUCGUUGCUCACUCAUCCAUUGAUCAAGAACGGUUGGUUCAAAGAGGUGAAUAACGAAAGUUUUCCUGGGCAGGCAUUCAGUCUCAGAGUGAGUAAGAUCCUCUAUGCAGAGAAGUCGAAGUACCAGGACGUUUUGGUUUUCAAAUCGACAGAUUUCGGCAACGUUUUAGUCCUUGAUGGAAUUAUACAAUGUACAGAAAGGGACGAAUUUGCAUAUCAGGAAAUGAUUACUCAUGUUGCCAUGUUCGCACAUGGUAAUGCCAAGAAAGUGUUGAUUAUUGGGGGAGGAGACGGAGGUGUUCUUCGAGAGGUUGUCAAGCAUCCGUCCGUGGAAACUGCCACUCUUGUAGAAAUUGACGAUAUGGUGAUAAGAAUUGCCAAGAAAUAUUUACCGAAUAUGUCAUGCUCUUUUGAAAAUGACAAGGUGAAUGUGGUUUUGACUGAUGGGUUCAAGUUUUUGAAGCAGGUGGCGAUGGAUUCAGGUAGAUACGACGUGAUCAUUACAGAUUCCUCGGAUCCUGAAGGUCCUGCCGAGGCUUUUUUCCAAAAGGACUAUUUUCAGUUGUUAUACAACGCUUUGGCUCCAAACGGAGUGGUCAUCUCUAUGGCAUCCGAGAAUAUAUGGCUUAACAUCAAUAAGCUUGGUCAUCUUAGAAAAGUUGCCAAUGAAGUGUUUCCAGUUGCCAAAAUAUCCAAUUGUACCAUUCCAACGUAUACCUCUGGUCAGAUAGCAUUACUAUGCUGUUCCAAAGAUCCUCAAUUGGAUGUUUCAAAACCCUCCAGAGCCCUUCCAAGAGAUCAGGAGAUUAAGUUAUUCAAAUAUUACAACAGUCAAAUCCAUCAGGCAAGUUUCAUCCUGCCCACAUGGGCUGACCAGAUUAUAUACGAAAGAGCGGGUUGUUAA